AAAGUGUCCUGUUUGGAGUUGCUUCAGCGUCCUGGUGCUGCUACGCCGCGGAGCCGGUGCGGUUGUCCAGCCAAGAUGCCGGAGGAGACACAGACACAAGACCAGCCCAUGGAGGAGGAGGAGGUGGAGACCUUCGCCUUCCAGGCGGAGAUUGCCCAGUUGAUGUCGCUGAUCAUCAACACUUUCUACUCGAACAAAGAGAUCUUCCUGCGGGAGCUGAUUUCCAACUCGUCGGACGCCCUGGACAAAAUCAGAUACGAAAGCCUGACGGAUCCCAGUAAGCUAGACUCUGGGAAGGAGCUGCAUAUUAACCUCAUUCCAAACAAACAAGACCGAACCCUCACGAUCGUGGAUACUGGAAUUGGAAUGACCAAGGCUGACCUGAUCAAUAACCUUGGUAUUAUCGCCAAGUCUGGGACCAAAGCGUUCAUGGAGGCUUUGCAUGCUGGCGCAGACAUUUCCAUAAUUGGCCAGUUCGGUGUCGGUUUUUAUUCUGCGUAUUUGGUUGCCGAGAAAGUGACUGUGAUCACCAAGCACAACGAUGAUGAGCAGUAUGCCUGGGAGUCCUCGGCAGGGGGCUCCUUCACCGUCAGGACUGAUACAGGAGAACCAAUGGGUCGUGGGACAAAGGUCAUCCUGCAUUUGAAAGAAGACCAAACUGAGUACUUGGAGGAAAGAAGAAUAAAGCAGAUUGUGAAGAAACAUUCCCAAUUUAUUGGCUAUCCCAUUACUCUUUUUGUGGAGAAGGAACGUGAUAAAGAAGUCAGUGAUGAUGAGGCUGAAGAAAAAGAAGAUAAAGAGGAGGAAAAAGAAAAAGAAGAAAAAGAGCCUGACGACAAACCUGAAAUUGAAGAUGUUGGUUCUGAUGAAGAGGAAGAAGAAAAGAAGGAUGGUGACAAGAAGAAGAAGAAGAAAAUUAAGGAGAAGUACAUCGAUCAAGAAGAACUCAACAAAACAAAGCCCAUUUGGACCAGAAAUCCUGAUGAUAUCACUAACGAAGAGUACGGAGAGUUUUAUAAGAGCUUGACCAAUGAUUGGGAAGACCACUUGGCAGUGAAGCAUUUUUCAGUUGAAGGACAGUUGGAAUUCAGAGCUCUUCUUUUUGUCCCAAGACGUGCUCCUUUUGACCUCUUUGAAAACAGAAAGAAAAAGAACAACAUUAAGUUAUACGUACGCAGAGUUUUCAUCAUGGAUAACUGUGAGGAGCUAAUCCCUGAAUAUCUGAAUUUCAUUAGAGGAGUGGUGGAUUCUGAGGAUCUUCCUCUAAACAUUUCCCGUGAAAUGCUGCAACAGAGCAAAAUUUUGAAAGUCAUUAGAAAGAAUUUGGUCAAAAAAUGCUUAGAACUCUUCACUGAACUGGCAGAAGAUAAAGAGAACUACAAAAAAUUCUAUGAGCAGUUCUCUAAAAAUAUAAAGCUUGGAAUACACGAAGACUCUCAAAAUCGAAAGAAGCUUUCAGAGCUGUUACGAUACUACACCUCUGCUUCUGGGGAUGAAAUGGUUUCUCUCAAGGACUAUUGCACCAGAAUGAAGGAAAACCAGAAACACAUCUACUACAUCACAGGUGAGACCAAGGACCAGGUAGCUAACUCUGCCUUUGUGGAGCGUCUUCGGAAGCAUGGUUUGGAAGUGAUCUACAUGAUUGAGCCCAUCGAUGAGUACUGUGUCCAACAGCUGAAGGAAUUUGAGGGGAAGACUUUAGUGUCUGUCACCAAAGAGGGCUUGGAGCUUCCAGAAGAUGAAGAAGAGAAGAAGAAACAGGAAGAGAAAAAGACAAAGUUUGAAAACCUCUGUAAGAUCAUAAAGGACAUCUUGGAGAAAAAGGUUGAAAAGGUGGUUGUGUCAAACCGAUUGGUGACCUCUCCAUGCUGUAUUGUCACAAGCACAUACGGCUGGACAGCAAACAUGGAAAGAAUCAUGAAAGCUCAAGCUCUCAGAGAUAACUCUACAAUGGGCUACAUGGCAGCAAAGAAACACCUGGAGAUAAAUCCUGACCACUCCAUUAUUGAGACCUUGAGGCAAAAGGCAGAGGCUGACAAGAAUGAUAAGUCUGUGAAAGAUCUGGUCAUCUUGCUGUACGAAACUGCUCUCCUGUCUUCUGGCUUCAGUUUGGAAGAUCCCCAGACCCAUGCUAACGGGAUCUACAGGAUGAUCAAACUUGGUCUAGGUAUUGAUGAGGAUGAUCCCACUGCUGACGACACCAGUGCUGCUGUAACAGAAGAGAUGCCACCCCUGGAAGGAGAUGAUGACACAUCACGCAUGGAAGAAGUAGACUAGUUUCUGAAGAACCACUCAUAAGUGUGUCCCCCACUUCACCUUCAUUCCUGAAACCUUUUCAAGGAUUUUUUUUGUUCUUUGUUUUUGUUAACAUUUAUUAAAAUGUGUAUGGCAUGACAAUAUCUACUUAAAGGGGAGAUAAGAUUUCUUUGUACUUUUAAGUGAUAUACUGUGAUACUUUAGGCACUAAAGCAGAGCUAGUAAUGCUUUUUCUAGUUUCACAUUGGCUUAUUUUAACAGGUUGAGAUGUUUGUUCUAAGACAUGUAACCUAACUUUGUAGUCUAAAGUGUUCCACUACCAAGUUGUAUCCCUUAGUAGACCAGACCAAAUCUUUUGUCCCUGAAGUGUUCCAGGAUAGACCUUGAUGUUUAAAAGAAAGAUAUUUGUUGCUUGAGUUUCAUCUCAUUAGGAUCCCCCUUAGUUACCCACUGUGCAUGUACUAGUCCUCUAGAACCAAGUAUGUGAAACAGACAACUGGCUGGGAGGAACUCUACAGGGCUUGUUUUCCAAAGAAAAGUAUUUCAAGAAACAAAGCUUAAACCUCCCUUGGUGUGUUACAAAGCUGUUCAAAAAGUAGGGCUUGUGAAUGGAAAUAUGUAGUGCCCAAGUCAACAUUCUGCUUUAAACAGUAAUAAAUGCAGAUGAGUU